AUGAUCGACGCCGACGUGGACGACGUCGUCUUCCACCGCUGUGCGUGCGCGUCCACGGUGGCUGGGGCGAAGACGCGCGGUGAGGCGUGCGUGCGCACGCGCACGGUGACGUGGACGCCCGCGGAUACCGGGAAUCUCACCGGUGCGAAGACCGUGACUUUGCUAAGCGUUACCGCGCACCAAAGGAAUAAACCGGGUAGCGCCACGGCGAGCCUGAGGUUGGUGCCGGACAACGACGCCAAGCGGGCGCUUGUGCUGACGUUCGAUGCGGAGAGCGACAGAGAUGGGUUAAGCGAUGCGAUAAAGGCGCAGAUAAGAAAAUUAGAGGAAGAGAUGAAAGGCGUGCCGAGCGCGGCGGAGCUGGAGGCGCGAAGCCAGUUGCUGAAGACGAACGUAGAGAUUGCGCAGCUGUACGAGGAGACGGUGAAAGCCGGAGUGAUCAGCAAUGAAGACUUCUGGGAAGCACGUAGGAAUUUAUUCAGCGACGUAGUGGCGAGAAAAGCGACUGGACAGAAACAUGGAAUCGAAAAUACGCUAGAUGGCGAUCUCAAAGGCGCACGCGAUGGGAUGUCAGACACGGUGACGUGUAACUUGACGAACGAAAAGAUGCACAGAAUCUUCGCCGAAAGACCUUCGGUGCGCGAAGCAUUUUUGAAUAAUGUGCCAAAAAAGAUGACAGAACGCGAGUUUUGGACGAGAUUCUUACGAUCGGAGUAUUUCAAACAGAUGCGCGCGGGAGCACCACCGCAAGGAGAAGAGGAAGCUGCAGAUUUGGCUCUCUUUGCGCGAAAACCACCAGAUGCAACCACGGUUAAGGCACAAAUCAAAGCGAUCGAGCCCGGUGUGAACUUAAAAGCGGACCUCGAUGACGGGCUCGGAGAGGGAUAUGGUUUGCUACGAGACGGCUCUCGAGAUGAUCGCCGACCGAAAGAAGCUGGUCCGUUACCCGAGGUAUUCUUGGAGCUCAACCAUCACGCCGCCGUUGUGCUUCGAGGUCAGCCGCAAGUGAACAUCGUCGAUGCUCGCACCGCGGCGAUCGCCGCAAGAGAUCAUGAAAAGAGCGCAGAGAGCGCGAGAAUAGGGUUCGAAGAGCCCGAUUACUCGAUUGACGACCUCGCCGCACCGAAGCCCGCGGCGCCGCCAAAGGAGCUCAAAAUUCGUGAUUCGCAUCAAUACUUUUCAUCUAUCGCGGAAGAACCCGUGGUGAGUAAGCCUUCGAAGACGCAUGUCGUCAUCGAACCGUUCAAAGAGGCCGUGACGUCGGCUCUGAGUACGCUCCAGCAUCCCGAAAAGAAGCAAAAACGCGCAUUGGAUCCCGACAUCGCACUGCAAGUGUUGAAAGAGGUCACGCAAUCACUCGCUAAAGUUGAAGAUUUGAGCGCUCAAUUUGCGUCACAGCAAAGUUUUAGUAACGCUGAUGAUGUGGCUGCGUUUCCUGAGAAUGUGAACGAGCAACUGAGACGGAGCGCGGCGACUGGUGGGGAGCUGCUACGUCAGUUCUGGAUGUCCACGCCGAUGAUAACGUCUGUGCGAUGGGAGAAAGCGACGAAGGUCUGCAAAUCCGUCGAGAUCUUGUACGAUAAACUCGAAGGAGUGAAAAGUUCGCUCCCUUCCGCCCACCGACAUAUCGCUUCUCAGCGCCUUAGGCCGCUGCUCGGUGCGUUUGAUUCUGCGUUGACGUUUUAUGAUGACGAGAAAACUCGUCGUCCUCAGGCGUACGCUGACUUUGAGAAGACAGCGACGCAAGAAAAUUCAUAG